UCGGUGGCAGGUAACUGCCGCAUGUGUCUGGUGGAGGUGGAGAAGAGCAUCAAGCCGGUGGCCAGUUGUGCCAUGCCCGUCAUGCCUGGCAUGCGAAUCAAGCCCAACUCCGAGUUCUCGAAGAAGGCCCGCGAGGGCGUCAUGGAGUUCCUGCUGCUCAAUCACCCGCUCGACUGUCCCAUCUGCGACCAGGGCGGCGAGUGUGACCUGCAAGAUCAGUCGAUGGCCUUCGGCUCCGACCGCUCCCGUCUGCGCGUCGACCUCGAUGAGAAGCGGGCGGUGGAGGACAAGGACAUCGGGCCGCUGGUGCGCACCAUCAUGACGCGGUGCAUUCAGUGCACCCGCUGCGUCCGCUUCAUGAACGAAAUUGGCGGCUGUGCCGACCUGGGCACCAGCGGCCGCGGCGGUGACAUGCAGAUUGGCACCUACCUGGAGAACACCGCCCUCCUCAGCGAGCUCUCCGGCAACAUUGUGGACAUCUGCCCGGUGGGCGCGCUCACCAACAAGCCGUACACCUUCCACGGCCGUCCGUGGGAGCUGCGCCGCUACGACUCGAUCGACGUCCUCGACGCCGUCGGCUCGAACAUCUCCGUCUGCCAGCGAUCGGGCGACCUGCUGCGCAUCAUCCCCCGCCUCCACGAGGACAUCAACGAGGAGUGGCUGGCGGACAAGAGCCGCCACGCGCCGAUUGACGGGCUGAAGACGCAGCGACUGACCGUCCCCAUGCUCCGGCCCAGCUCCGGCUCGCAGCUGCAGGAGUGCGACUGGGAGGACGCGCUCAUCUCGCUGGCGCAGACGAUCAGCCAUGUGGAGCCGUCCCGGGUGGUGGCCCUCUUUGGGCCGCACACUGACGCCGAGACGAUGGUCGCCGUGAAGGACUUCUUCAGCUCCAUUG